AUUCUCAUAAAUCAGUUUUCAUUGAUACAUUCAAAAAAGCCUACCAGUAUCCAUACGAACCACAUCAGAUUGAAUUUCUCAUACAAAAAACUAGUCUUUAUUUAUUAUCCUAUUUUAAAAAAAUAUAUAAUAAUAAAAAAAAAAGUUAUGAAAUUCCAGAGCAUCAAAUUGAGAGACCUUUUAAGAAAAACUUCCCACCAUAUUAUUUAGCAUCACUUGAAUGUAUUGUUGAUAGAAAAUGUCUGCCAACUGGUUAUCAUACUACUUGUACACCAUCGUCUGGAAUUUGUGAUCAUUGCAGGCAAGCUUUAUCCAAUAGUACAAACGAAGUAAUUAUCCUAAUUUGUGGACAUGGUUACCAUAACAGAUGUUAUAAUCUUUUAGACAAGACUUGUAAAUGGUGUAAAGAAUAUUAUGAAAAGGGGAUUGAUGAAAAUGUUAAAUCUUUUUUAAAAAGAUUAAAUAAAAAUGAUGAACUUACUAGUGAAGAUGUAGAUGAAAACUUGGAAGUAGAUGAUUGUGAUGAAGAAGAUGAUGUAAUUAUUGAUCCUAAUAACUUGAAUGAAAUUUCAUACGAAAUACAAGUAGCCAUUGACAAUGUAAAAGAUUGGUAA